AUCAAGCGGCGACGAUCAUCAGUCCUGCGAUCUUCAGUGCUCAUUCGAGGCGCGACUAUGAACGUUGGCGGCAAGGCGACUGCGGCCGCCGCGACGCUCAUGCACCACCAGGACGCGCACAUCAAGCGGCCGAUGAACGCGUUCAUGGUGUGGUCGCGCGGCCAGCGCCGCAAGAUGGCUCAGGAGAAUCCCAAAAUGCACAACUCGGAAAUUUCGAAGCGACUGGGUGCCGAGUGGAAGCUGCUCACCGAAAUGGAGAAGAGGCCUUUCAUCGACGAAGCCAAGCGACUGAGGGCGCUUCACAUGAAAGAGCACCCAGACUACAAGUACAGGCCACGACGAAAGCCGAAGACACUCGUGCAGAGGAAAGAGCCCAAGUUCGGUGCCUUCUCAAUGGACCCCUCCCAAAUCCCGCGCUCUCUCCUGCCACCGCCUCCACCGCUGCUCCACGACGGUGACCUCAAAUUCUCGAGAGCCCUCCUGCCUUCCCCCUUCUCCUACCCGCUCUACAAGCUGCAGACUGACGACGGCAAGAUGGCGGCCGACUUGGCGCUGCAGGCCAUCUACGGCAGCUCGCUCUAUUCGGCACACGCAGCCGCUGCAGCUGCAGCCGCUUCCUGGCCAGCCGCCUCCAGUCUGCUACCUUGCAGCUGUGCCCCCGACCCGCCGCCUCCGCACCCGCCCCCGUCUGCUGCAUCGCCCGAGCCCGUCAAGCGGCCCGUCACCUAUCUGCUCGGAGUAAAACCUGAAGACAGGUACUCCCAGCACGUUAUUUGAAGACCGCUCCCGGUCCUCCCCGCCAGGGGGGGUCUGGGAGCAAGCCUCUGUCCGUGGUGGCCCAGUCUGACAGCCACCCCCACCCACGCACCGCCACACACCAGCCCAUCCGCCGCCCCCGGAGGCAGCAGCUCACCACCGCCCAACCGACCUGCCUCCAACAGCAGUGGCCAAGGUCACGUCUCUGAAUAAUACCAACAUUUUUGUAAUAAACAUGUUCGAAAUUAUUCGUUCUUUAUUAUUCAUUACUUUUGGUUAUUUCUGGACUUGUUAGGUACUUGUUUUCACCUAUUAUUUUGUUUAAUUGAUCAUUAUUAUUAUAAUACACAAGUGAUAGGGUCUCUUGGAGUCUUUGGGUAAGAAGAAUUUAUAUUCAGGAUAAAUUUUCAAUGAUUGUUUUCAUAGAAUUCUGUAGGUUAUGUUGUAGUUUUUUGAGAAAUAAAAUAGUAGGCUAUCUGAUCUCUAAAGGUUCGUACAGAUAUACACCGCGCGAACAUGAGCAAUUCACUUUUAAUCAGCUGACUAUAUCUGUAUUUCUACAGAAACGGUAAGAUACAGAUAUAAAAAGCUUGGCAUCAGCUGAUUAAAAGUGAAUUGCUCAUGUUCACGGCGCGUAAAUCUGUACGCACCUUUAUACUUUCAAAUACACCUAAAAAAUACUUUUCUUUGAAGAUUAUUAUCCAUGCGACUGAUUUUCUCUCCCUCCAUCGUUUAGUUUUGACUGAAUAAAAUCAUUAUCGUCAGCCAUCUGAUAAAAAAUACUGUGGAAAUUUGAUUAUUUUUUUAUUCUCAACUGUUACUACUAAACUGAAGUAGCCUAUAUUAUUAUUUUUUUGAAAUGAAAGCGGAUUACAUAACUUUUCCCUAUAAAACAGAGUGAACAUUCUUCAUCAGAUGUUUAAUGGGAAAAAAUUGAGUACCUACCUACUUCCAAAAUGUAUAUUUAUGAAGGAUAAUUUUCAAUAUUGGGUGAAUUUAUUUCUAUCAGAUUCAUCACAGAUCCUAUUACUGUUGUUUGCUGAUAUCUGUUGACUUGAGGGAAGAAUAGUUAUUAUCCACAGUAGUCGAGGAUUAUCAAUAUAUGAGAUGAUUUCCACCUAAAACACUGAAUUAAACUUGGUUCUCAAUAGAUAUGUUACUGUUACUGUCCUACAUUUUCUCAUAAAUUUCCCUCCAAUUAUAAUUUAAGGUGUGUAAUGAUAUAAGUUGAUUGAAUCAAGUAAAUUAUUGCAUUAUUAUCAUUACUCAAUCUUGUAAGUAUAUUAUUUUGGUUACCUUGUAAAAUAUGUACAAUAUCUUGUAAAUAAAAUUAUUAAAUCAAUAUAAUUAUAAUAAUGAUUAGAAUUUAAGUAAAAAUGUAUUAUUAAUCUAGGUAAUAUAUUGCACUGAAUGUAAGUACCGUAGUUCAAAUUGAAUCAAAAUAUCAAUUACAAUAGAGGAAGUUUGUUUGAUUAUUAUAUUGUGAUAUAGAUAAGAAUGAUUGUGAAUGUCAGUUGAACAACAUGGUUGAUGAAUAAAAUGAAUAAAAAAUAUGAGGAAUGUA